UGAUUCCCCUGCGGAAGCCCCGGGGGCUAGGUGCCUGUGCGCACCCCGGGCCGCCGCCAGGAGUGGCACUGCUCGGGAAGGAGUGAACAUCCAGAGGAAUCGCGGGGCGGGGUGGGGGGAGGCUAGGAGAACAGGUGGCGCAGGGAAGCAGAAACGUAGUUGCGCAGGACAGCUGGAGUGGGGCAGGGUCGGGGCCAGCGGCUAGCGGAGAAGGGCCUAUUCGAGAGGAAGGGCACCUGAGGGAGCGCGGCCGGGGCCGGGACGCUGGGAGCUGGGCGGAGAGCGAGUCUGGGUGGCGAAGGUUGCCGAGGCGGGGGCUGGGCACCUGGGAACAAAGGAAAGCAAUAGAAGAACUGCUUAAGGAGGCAAAACGUGGGAAAACUAGAGCUGAAACAAUGGGACCCAUGGGUUGGAUGAAGUGUCCUCUUGCCAGUACCAAUAAAAGAUUUCUAAUUAACACAAUUAAAAACACAUUGCCCUCUCAUAAAGAGCAAGACCAUGAACAAAAAGAGGGCGAUAAGGAACCAGCGAAGAGCCAGGCCCAGAAAGAAGAAAACCCGAAGAAACACAGAAGCCAUCCUUACAAGCACAGCUUCCGUGCUCGAGGUUCUGCCAGUUACUCCCCGCCGCGAAAGCGGAGCAGCCAGGACAAGUACGAAAAGCGGUCCAACCGGCGGUGAGGCUGGAACCAGGGCCAGCCAGCCCUGCGGGCCUCCGUGCUCCUUCGGGGGUGCGGUGUGCCGAGAAGGCAUGAGCUGGCAGGGCAAACACCUGAGAGUGACUUUGACAGUAGGUCCUUUGUUGUUUUUUCAAGAGGCUGCUGGCCAAGGGCAAAAAAUGACCUAGCAACUCUUGAGGAAACAAGUACAAAGGAGGAUGUCUUGGCAAGUUUAAGCUACUUCUGCAGUGUAGUAGACAUGUGUAUUGUUGUUUAUCUUGUUUGGAAGUGUGUUUCAAAAUAAACAUGUCUAGAAUUUAAAAUUUUCAGAGAUUGUUAAAACUAGUUCCAAUUUUUUGUCAUUUCUCAAAAAAAUAAAAUACUUAUAAAUCCUAUAUGUUACUUUUUGGGGGUAUCAAAUUUAAAAUUUAGAAAUCUUCAGUCCAGUGACCAUAUUUAUGAAAAGCUGUAGCCCUCCAAGGUGUGGGAAUUUUCUGAGAAACUCUUCGAUAGCUCUGCAUUUGUUUUCCCUUAGGUGAACAAUGUAGGAAUCCUCAAAGUGGUUUUAAAUUUAAUGCUCCACUUCAGUUACCAAAAGUUUAAAAAUGGGUUUUGUUGUUUCCUGUGCAUUCUCAAACUCAUUUAUUAGAAGAAUUUUUCUAUAUUUAAUUUUUUUAAUAUAUAGGUCUUAAGUGGUGCUUUAAAAAGAACCCUCACAAGUUAAAAAUUAACAGUUGUUUCAGUGCUAGAUUUUACCAGCUAAAGACUUGUGAUACCACUAUAUAGUAUAAUUGUUCCAGAAAUCUUCAUUUUAAAUAGAAGUGUUUACAAUGCCUUUUUUCCCCCAGUAUUGGUUUUCAGUACCUGUUUUCACACACAGUUACAAACCUUUCAAACCUGUAUUCCUUCUUUAUACUCAGGAAAAUGUCACCAAGCACCCUCCUCCCCAGUCAACAAAAGGAAGAAGAUGAAGAUUCUGUCUCCCUGUUCACCCUCCCCAGUUUUCCAAAGUGUCUGAGCGUAUGCCUGGCUGUCCCCAGAUCAUCACCAUGCCACAUCCCUGCUCCCCACUUCCUGGCAUCCAAGAAAAGCCCUUUCUACAUGCUAGAAGGAAAUACAUCCAAAAAGUUAGCAUUGGGGUGUCAGAAGCUAGAACAGCGCUCUCUGCCACCGAGCUGCUGUGUCACACCCUCAGCCUGCUAGGAAGUGACAAACCCAACGCAUUCUUGAUCCACCCCUUCUACCCCAGAUCCCAGGGACUCAUCCUGUGACUUUGUAACCACACUCAUUCUUUUCAAACACAGAGGAGGAAUUACUGCUUCAUCUGACUUUAUUCAAAUCUAGUUAUGUAUUAGCCUAAAUUAUUUGUGCAAAAUUUGAAAUGUUUUUUAUUUAAAUAUUAGAAAUAGCACAAAGUCAUGGAGUUUUUAAAAAUUGUUAUAAUUAAGUAAAAAUAAAGCUGAAUUGUGUCAUUU